AUGGAACCACACAAUCCAACCAUGAACCAAACAUUGGCACAGCCCAUGAAUCAAACUAUGAACAACAAUCACCAAGUUCAAACCCCAACCCAUCCUCAAGUCCAGCCUCAGAUCCAACCUCAAACCCAUCCUCAAACUCAUCCUCAAACUCAUCCUCAAACCCAUCCUCAACACCACCAAACCGAAAUCCUCCUGCACAUCGACGCCGCCAACAACCAGCCAAUCUGCAUCCUAUCCAACAACUCCCAACCCACAACAACCACAAUCGACCCCGCCAUCAUUAUCACCAACCCAACCUCCUACAUCUUCGCCUUCCGCAACCCCCACUCCCUCUACCACGCCUUCGCCAACCCAACCAUCUACACCCUCCUGACCCGACACGCGCACUACAUCCGACUCUACCUCCUCCACGACCUGCAAAUCGGCUACCUCCCAUGCUCCCCGCACCCACUGCCCUUCUCAUCCCAGAACCGGGACAGCCUGUUCUUCUUCGACUGCGCCACCGACCCCAACAUGCACUACACCACCCCGCCCCGCCUCCCCUGCAUGCCCAGCUCCACACACCCCGUGAUGCUCAACAACGAUUGCAAUAAUAUCUGCGCGAUCUCGUGGCCGGGCUUUGAUAAGCUCAUGGGUGGUUGGCGCGUCGCGUGCAGGGCUAUUCCCCGCGGCCAUGAUGUCUGGUAUAUGGUCUUUAAUCUGGCGUCGAGGGGUGGGUGGGUGCCCCUGGGCGUGGGCAGGUCGUUGCAGUUGCUUAGUACGGCGGUUUGUGUGAAGGAGAGGGUUAAGGGGAGGUUUCGGUGCGUGGUGGAUGGGUGUGCUAGGGGGGUGGUGGAGAGGUUUGAUGGGUUUUUGGCGGCGAAUGUGGCGAGUUUGGGGUGGGCGGUUGUGGGGGAUGAAGAGAUGGUGGAGGUUAAGGUUGAGGAGAGGGAGGGGAAAGAGGGGAGUGUGAAGGGUGUCAAAGGUGAUGGUGGUGGUGGUGGUGGUGGAGGAGGAGGAGUGAUUGUUCAUGCUGGGUUUGUUCUAUGUGACGGAGGUGUCUAUUGAGAUUGAGAGGUUUAAGAAGGGGUGAUGGCUUAUCUGCUCAGGUUGAUUGACUAAAAUUGAUGGUUGUGGUUGAUGUUGUUUGCAGACUGCUGUGGGUAUUGUUGGUGGACUAGGGGUCAGAUACUGAUAGACGUUGACUAUUGCUGUAUGUAUUACUGUGUAUAUAUUAGCUAUGGAAGUGGUUAAUGAGAGCAGUUAUUCAGGUCCGGUUGCUUUCAGUAGGAAUAGAGUAGUAGGUAAUAUAUUCGGUAGAGGUAUAUCCUGAUAGUCUUCGGCCAGACUGGCCAGCUCGAUUUGCGAUAUUAUUGGUGUAAUCAUGGUCUGGCAUUUGUGGAGUCGAAGAAGGGUAUUGGGUAGUUGAGGAUAUAGU